ACCAGGGGAGACAAUCCCAAUGAUUACAAAUCGAUGAACACGACCAGCUUUGGCAGCUAGGCCUAUAGUAUCGAACUUGAAAUGUAGUGUUUAUGGCCCCAAAUGGCCGAUAUCACAUUUGAUGAUUUCAUUUUUGAAAUUAUGGAAGCCGGAGGAGAUUUAAGAGAAGCCGUCAACAAUUUCGAGAUCGAAAAGGUUGAGGUUUUGUUGGAAUCUGGACAAUAUAAUGUGAACGAGCAAGACGGAAGUGGUCGGACUGUUCUGUUUAUACCGGUGUGUCGAGGACAGGCCAUCCUUGUAAGGUUGUUGAUCGAACAUGGAGCUGAUGUGCGUGUCCUUGACAGCAAUGAUAACUCGCCUUUACACUGGUGUGGGAAUGCCGACGUCCUGGAAUUAUUGGUCGCCUAUGGCGGAGACGUUACUCAGCGAAACAAGCUGGGAUUAACACCAAGAGAUAUGGCUUCAAGGCGUGGAGUAGCUCCAUACAUCCUCGAUACAUUUUCACACAUGGAGAAGCAAACCCAAAAAAAGGAAAAGACUGAAUCUAGCGUUUCCGUUUUUCAGGAAUUCAGCAAUGAUAUUGGUCUUCGCAAUCUCUGUCUGCUAGUUGCAGGAAUUUUCUUCUUGUCACUGCAGUUUGCCUAUAUAAUCACAGGUGCUUCAAGACAGUUGGAAAUAAUGGAGCCAUUAACAUUCUCUAGUGGAUGACCAGCUGGAAUCUGGAAUCUUGAAGGGAAUGCAUACAUUUUUUGCUUGCAGUCAAUGAAAGUGGUUGAAGAGCCAUGUGAUUGUGUUUGAACAUCUAGUCAUGUGAUAAAGAGGGAAUGUCACUUCUACUUGCAUUCAGAUCGUGUUCUAGUAAAGCCAACUUUUGAUGAGUCAUUCAAUUUGUAACACAGUUAGCUAAGACUAAAAGUUGUGACUAUAUCGUUCCAGCAUUGUGGUAAAAAGAUAAUGCUGUACUGACAUUAGCAUUGUUGAAUAAAUCUGUACAUACAAAAAAAAUUCAACACAGCAACUGAUGAUAUACAUUGUAUAGUGAAAGUUAAGUUUUUGACAACUUUAACAGAAAUUUGUAAUCUUACAAAUGCAAUAUACAUAUUAGUACAAACUUACUCCAGAUUUUAAGAAACUUAAAAACAAUUUAUAAAUACCUGAACUAGGACUGAAUUUGUAACCAAGAGUCAGUGAUUCAAGGCAAAAAACUUUGUUAUAUUACUUAUUCAUAUUUGAUAUAACUGGGCAUUGAAGCUUUUCAGGAAAUGUGAAUUAUUUUGCUAAAGCUUUAUAUAGAUUUAUCAAUUUAAUGGGUAAUGAAACUCAUUUGUAAAUAAAUAAAGUUAUAGUAGA